CCCCCGCGCGGAAAGGGGCCGGUCCUCGACGGCUGCGGGAAGGUACCAGCCCGCCCCGGAUGGGCAUCGUGGAGCCGGGCUGCGGAGACAUGCUGACGGGCACCGAGCCGAUGCCUGCGAGCGACGAGGGCCGGGCGCCGGGCGCCGACCCACAGAACCGCUACUUCUACUCGGAGCCCGGCUCGCAGGACGCAGUCGACCGUCGCGGGGGCGCCAGCCUGGGGGCGCCCUACGCGGGGGGCGCCCUAGUGCCCGCCCCGCCGGGCCGCUUCCUCGGAGCCUACGCCUACCCGCCCCGGCCCCAGGCCGCCGGCUUCCCCGGGGCGGGCGAGCCCUUCCCGCCGACGGCGGGCGCCGAGGGCUACCAGCCGGGGGACGGCUACGCGGCCCCGGACCCGCGCGCCGGCCUCUACCCCGGGGCGCGCGAGGACUAUGCACUGCCGGCGGGGCUGGAGGUGUCCGGGAAGCUGCGAGUCGCGCUCAACAACCACCUGUUGUGGUCCAAGUUUAAUCAGCACCAGACGGAGAUGAUCAUCACUAAGCAGGGCCGGCGAAUGUUCCCAUUCCUGUCAUUUACUGUGGCCGGGCUGGAGCCCACCAGCCAUUACCGGAUGUUUGUGGACGUGGUCUUGGUGGACCAGCACCAUUGGCGGUAUCAGAGCGGCAAGUGGGUGCAGUGUGGAAAGGCCGAGGGCAGCAUGCCAGGAAACCGCCUGUACGUGCACCCAGAUUCCCCCAACACUGGAGCCCACUGGAUGCGCCAGGAAGUUUCAUUCGGGAAACUAAAGCUCACGAACAACAAGGGGGCCUCCAACAAUGUGACCCAGAUGAUUGUGCUCCAGUCCCUCCAUAAGUACCAGCCCCGGCUGCACAUCGUUGAGGUGAAUGAUGGCGAGCCAGAGGCAGCCGGCAACGCCCCCAACGCGCAUGUCUUUACUUUCCAAGAAACCCAGUUUAUUGCUGUGACCGCCUACCAGAAUGCUGAGAUUACUCAGCUGAAGAUUGAUAAUAACCCUUUUGCCAAAGGAUUCCGGGAGAACUUUGAGUCCAUGUACUCGUCUGUUGACACCAGCGUGCCCUCCCCGCCUGCACCCAACUGUCAAUUGCUUGGGGGAGACCACUACUCUCCUCUCCUACCCAACCAGUAUCCUGUUCCCAGCCGUUUCUACUCCGACCUUCCCGGCCAGGCCAAGGAUGUGGUUCCCCAGCCUUACUGGCUGGGGGCUCCCCGGGACCACAGCUAUGAGGCCGAGUUCCGAGCAGUCAGCAUGAAGCCUGCAUUCCUACCCUCUGCCCCCGGGCCCACCAUGUCCUACUACCGAAGCCAGGAGGUCCUGGCGCCUGGAGCUGGCUGGCCUGUGGCCCCUCAGUACCCUCCCAAGAUGGGCCCAGCCAGCUGGUUCCGCCCCAUGCGGACUCUGCCCAUGGAACCUGGCCCUGGAUCUUCAGAGGGGCGGGGGCCAGAGGACCAGGGCCCCCCCUCGUUGUGGACCGAGAUCACCUCCAUCCGGCCAGAGUCUGGUGACUCAGGACUAGGGGAAGGAGACUCUAAGAGGAGGCGUGUGUCCCCCUAUCCUUCCAGUGGGGACAGCUCCUCCCCUGCUGGGGCCCCUUCUCCUUUUGAUAAGGAAACCGAAGGCCAGUUUUAUAACUAUUUUCCCAAUUGAGCAGAUGAUGUGAUGAAAGGAACAGAAACAGCGUUACUAGGUUGGAGGACACCAACUAACUAGACAACGGACUCAGGACUGAGCGGUCUGCAGCUCCCUCUGUCCCUUCUCCUUUUGUAGUUGGUCAAGGAAGAGGGGGCCCAAGAAGGAUUCUGGGGUUCACUUGCUGCUUCCUGGCCCACAGUGAAACCUGAGAGGCAUGUCCCCCGCUCCUUCCUUUGCCCUAACUAUGAUCAUUUACCUGGUGCUGCUUCUGGCUGUGAGUUCCCAGCUGGAGAACAGAGAACAGAGAACAGGAGGCCUUGGACACAAAGGAGCUUCCUCUCUUCUGGGGGAGGGGGCUGGGGGUCAGGGGGCAAAAGCCUGGAACUGGAAACUCUCUUCCUUUGUGGAAUAACUUUGAGCAUUUUUGUUUGUGUAUGUGUUAAUCCCGGUUCUGAAAAUAAAGAUCCAUGGAUUUUUCUAACAGUCAGCCAGCCAAGGCCAGGGAGAGGACUCAGGGACUUUGGGGAGCUGGCCUGGGCCCCACCUGCUCAGAGACAGUGGGGUCCUGAGGAAGGGGCUGGGAAGGGGGGAUGGUGCACAUCUCAAGAAGCAAAGUCUUGGGGGGAGGGUGUGCGCAUACUCUCUUCUUUUUUCUGUUUUUUGGAAUGGGGGAGGCUAUUUAUUGUACAGAGAGUGGUGUCUGGAUAUAUUUCUUUUGUCUUCAUCACUUUCUGAAAAUAAACAUGAAACUGUU